CGCAAAAACGCGCACGCAUACCUAAAGAAAAGAAACAUGCCUCCUACAUCCUGAUUGAGUGAUCACGGAUAACACUAAUACUAAUGUUUCUGAGCAUUGGGUUAAUAACGCUGUGUUUUUAGCUCGUUUUAUAGACUAUAGGUUGCCAUGGAUACCACGGAGACUGCAAGCAAAAUCCAGUUUGAUCCCAGAGAGCACCAGCAUCUGAGGUACAACCCGCUGCGUGAUUCCUGGGUUCUGGUCUCAGCCCAUCGGAUGAAGCGGCCGUGGAAGGGGCAGGUGGAGAAAGUACCAGAAGGCAACGUCCCUCGUCAUGACCACAACAAUCCCCUCUGUCCCAGGAGCACCAGAGCCAAUGGCGAGGUGAAUCCUGAUUACGACAGCACUUUCCUCUUUGAUAAUGAUUUCCCUGCACUGCAACCAGAUGCUCCAGAUCCUGGUUCAGAUCAUCAUCCUUUGUUCCAGACCAAACCUGCAAGAGGUGUUUGUAAGGUCAUGUGCUUCCAUCCGUGGUCGGACAUCACUCUCCCCUUGAUGCAGUCUGGAGAGAUCCGCAAGGUGAUUGACAAGUGGGCGGAGCUGAUUCAGGAGCUAGGCCCCACCUAUCCAUGGGUGCAGAUCUUCGAGAAUAAAGGAGCCAUGAUGGGCUGCUCCAACCCUCAUCCUCACUGUCAGGUUUGGGCCAGCAGCUUCCUGCCUAAUGAACCUGCUCUGGCUGAACGCUGUCAGAGGGAAUAUAAACAGAAGCACGGAGAGCCCAUGCUGCUGCAGUACGCUCGCAUGGAGGCCCAGGCACAGGAGCGUGUAGUGGUGCAGAAUGAGCAUUGGAUCGUUGUGGUGCCAUAUUGGGCCACAUGGCCUUUCCAGACUCUGCUGUUGCCACGCCGACAUGUUCUGCGUCUUCCCGAUCUCACGUCUGAGGAGAGAGACAGUCUUGCAUGCAUAAUGAAAAUGCUUCUGACAAAAUAUGACAACCUCUUUGAGGUCUCCUUCCCCUACUCAAUGGGCUGGCAUGGAGCGCCAACAGGAAGUAAUCUGGAAGAAGACAUGAGCCACUGGCAGCUUCACGCACACUACUACCCUCCCCUACUCCGCUCGGCCACUGUCCGCAAGUUCAUGGUGGGUUAUGAAAUGCUGGCUCAAGAGCAGCGCGACCUUACGCCCGAACAGGCGGCCGAGAGAUUACGAGCGCUCUCUGAGGAGCACUAUAAGACCAGAGUGAAGGGCCAGCAGAUUUAAAAGUCUAGGUAAAGUGAAUGCUAAAAUAUGGAAGACACCCUCUGGAAGAUCUGCUGAAAAGCAUAAAAUUAUGAUUAUGUCAAAGAAUGUUCAUACACAUUCGAAUGUACCAUGAUUGGUUGUGAAGGGAAACAUGGGACCUAGAUACCUGCUCAGGUAGAGAUGCUGAUAUCAAACUUGAUCGAACUCCUCAGGUGGAUGUUUUUAUUGUGUCUGAAACAAAAUGAAUGAUUUAGUCAAAUAAAAAAAUAAAAAAAACGGUCUCCAAGAUAGCUUAAUUGAUUAAAGGAAAAUAUCAAUUUGUGGGUAAUAUUUAGGUUAAAUGUUCAUAAAUUACCAUUCCCUGUUUCUGUCCUAAAUGAUGACUAAUCUUAUGAAAUAUGUAUUAAUUGCUCAUCAACUUUAAAAAUGGCUUAUCAAUAAAUAAUUACCAAGAAAUAACAUUUACAGCCUGAAUAUAUAUAUAUAUAUAUAUAUAACACUUUGCUUCAUUUUAAGACUUUUUUUUUUGAGACUUUCAAACAUUGUUUGAAGUGCUAUAAAUCACACUGAGUACUCCAGGACUUCCUUGUUUAAAGGAACAUGUCAAGGAGGUUACCCUUUUCCCCCUCCAAUUUAAGCAGGACCUGCCACACUGGAGCUUUUCUUCAACCUUCAACCAAGUCUUAGUCCACUGACUUUCGGAAACGAGACAUUUUUCCCCAAUUAAUAUAAUUAACAGAGGCAAAACAGAAGGUCUUGUGCAGAUAUCAGCAGUUCUGAAUGUGCUGCAGUAUGUGUUGUCCUAGUCUGCCUCUGUCCCAACCAUCUGCUCCAGUUCCAGGUGAUAUUUGAGACGCCGGGCCGAUGACACGCAUACUGAGAAGCUCUUCAGCAUAUUGUAGUGAUUAAGAAUUCAUAAAACAAUGUUUAUUCAGGCACCAUUUGAUUGGAUUUGAUUGUAGUUUGGUUUAGUUUUACAUGUUUAUAUGGAUAUAGCCCACUGCCUUAACCACUGAGCCACCACUACUACUUUUUCCAUUUCCCAUGGAAGCUGGUGCUCGUCUUGGACCUGGUGGUGUUCAUGGAACCAGGUAUAUUUUUAGGGACCUUUUCACAUUUCCAUCAGAAUCAGAAUGGUGCUUUAUUGACCAAGUACACUCGAGUAUACAAGGAGCUUAGGGAAUCAGUUUGAGAUAUCUAGUACAAGUCCUCGUCAAAUCGAUCUUUCUGAUUUCUACGAGAGCUUCUCUGUUGCCAAAACAUAAUUUUAGGAGACAUACUUUUCUGUUAUCAGAGGUGGGAGUUUACUACUGAAAAUAUUAACCAAUGGAAAGUUGAGUCUGGUUCCAUGAAAAUAUUUAAGUCUGGUUUCAUGAAAAAGUUAAGGGUCUUGGUGCAGCACAGAUCCAUCAUCAUAUACCACAUAUACCACAACGAUGCACUGGAUGAGAGAUUAGUGUUAUUGCUUUUAUCAGUGAUCAAAUGCUCAAAGUUUUAACAUUAGCUUUAAGACUAUUGCUCCUACCACUUUAAAUAUAUCGGCAAGUGUGAGAAAGAAGCUAAGACUCCCUACAUUCAUUUCUAGAACAAUGAAGAUACAUAAUACUGACUUUCUUCCAUCCAAAUUAGAUGCAGGGUUCAAAAAAUGGGAAGAGAAUGGUCUAAUUAUGUUAGAUCAGUUAUUUGAAUGAGGAGUCCUAUUGUCAUUUGAACAGCUCCAACAUAAAUGUAAUUUGCCAGCCCAUGAUUUUUUUUAGAUACCUGCAGCUAAGGCAUUACUUACAGACACACAAAGAAUGGCAUAAACUAUGCACUUUGCCAUCCAAUAUAGAAUGAUUUUUUAAGUUAAUAAUCAAAAGAACCAUUAAAAAGAAGAUCAUAUCACACAUAUAUAAGAUCUUACAAGAAGAACUAAAGGAUGACAGUUUGGACAUUAAGGAAAAAUGGGAAUUGGAGAUGAAUACCAUCAUUCCAGAUGAAAAAUGGCCACUAUCUUGCGGAGAGGGACACAAAAUAACAAACAGCCCCAUUUGGAGGGAAUUUGAAUGGAAAGUCAAGAUGAGAUUUUUCAGAACUCCCCUUAUUACCUCAAAAUUUGGAGACAGUUCAGAUCAGUGUUGGAGGGGCCUGGUGGGAGACCAUACACACACAUUCUGGGACUGUCCAAAAUUAACAGAAUAUUGGCAAAGCAUACAAAAUGAAAUUAAAAAAUGUUUACAUGUAGAACUGCCUUUAGAACCAUCUUGUUAUUUAUUGGGAUUACUUCCGGAGGAGGUGGAGAACAAUAAUAUAAUAAACAAUAAUAAGUAAACUUACUCUUAAUAGCUAAGAAGAUGAUUACGGUCUCCUGGCUGAAGCUGCAGCCCCCCACGAUAUCACAAUGGAGGGAAAGGGUGAAGGAUGUCUAUUACAUGGAAUAUAUAACUGCAAAUUUACAACAAAAAAAGAACUAUUUUCAAUGAAAUGGUCCCCGAUUAUCUCAUAUUUUUUAUCUCAUGUGAUUUGUUGUAGGAAUCGGAGUAGAUUCUCUUUGUUAUCUAAAUCGGAAUACCAUCUUGAUGUUAUUCACGCAUUACUAUCAUUUAUUCAUUAUUACUGUGGCUCUAUUUUUGUCGUUUUUGAUUGAUUGAUUUUUAUCUAUUUACUGUAUUGGUGGUUGUAACCCCUUACUUACCAUUUUGUCCCAUGAGGGGGAAAUAUGUGUGGACACUGUGAGGAUAUUGGAAACCAUGGACUGCCCUGUAAGACAUUUAUACCUGUGCUAUAUAGCUGAAUUACUCAUUGUACUGUACGGCUGCACUUGAUCAAAUGGAAUAAAAAGCAGUUCAAAAAAAAUAUAUAUUGCUCCUAUUCACUUUCUUGCAGUUGCCAGUAAAACAGCAGCCAUAAAUAACUUAAGAUGUGACAAAAUGAUUACAGCUCCAAGCCCCUGACAUCAAUUAUUUAGACCCCGGAAACAACACCAGCACUAUAUCUGUGAAGAAGUGCUAUUUGUGUCGAGGAGCAUUUCUAGAACAUGGCAUUACUGAAGUAUAUAUCUUGUGUUUUUUUGCCGUGCAGUCUGGGGGGAAAAAAAACGAAUAAUAAGAUCAAUUCAUGUCACAGUAGUAGAGUAACUGCGAUUUGAUUCUGAGUCAUCAAAGUCAGAUCAUUUCCUUCAACUGAACAUCUUGAGAUUUUUCUAUCCAAAAAUCGCCGACUCAUGCUUUGUACUCACAUGUCUGACAGUGCAAUAUCAUAAUGUAAUGUCUGCAACAUCUCAAAUAAAUAAAGGAACUUCCUUACA